AGUCAGGGUGAGUGGCUAGCCAUGGUAUAAACCAAGAUUUGUUUAUUGGAAAACCCAGUGAAUGAAUUACGGCUUUAUUCUCCGGCUGGUCUUCGGAUACAGUUUUGGCAAACAAAUGAGAUAAUCGUAUUAGCUACCAUGCCAAAUGCAAUCUAGUUGAUAAGAGCAAUUACGGAAGCAGGAUCAAACUACUGGAAAUACCAAAAAGAUUUACUCAGAAGGAUUAACUUUAUCAUACUGCAUGAAAACAAAGACAAGGCUGAGAAUGGUUAAGCGGUGAUAGGGAAGCAAAAAGCCCAGGUAUUACUGUAGAUGAUAAAAUAUGUAUUACACAAUGGUGAAGGCCACAACAGUCCUAUCGGUUUUAGUCUUUGGCAUUCUCAUGGAUGGUAUGACAGCUGUAGAUAAAAGCGUACUAAAAUUUAAGAAGGACAAUAUUCAAAAUAAAAAGGCGAGGGAUGUGAUAAGUUCCUUCUUGAAUGCGUGGAAAACAUCGAAAAUAAUUCCAGAGUACGGUAGAGAUGAAAAGUCGCAAAACGAUCCACAAAAAUUCAGUGGAAACGAGAACUUCCAAUUGGGUAAAUUAGACUUUUUGGGACAUCGAAAAAGUGAGCUUGACGGGCCGGCACUAUUUGCGCUUCGAAAUGCCUUAAACCCUAAGCCUGUCAGGAAACCUCACAUCAAGCAAUCAAACUAUGAAGCAGAGACAUUUUUUGGCAAAGAUGAAGUAGACGAAGACGACAGAAGCCCAGAAUUGAAGCUAGCUUCACUUAUAUCCAAGCCAAUAUAUCAUUCACUGCCAGGGGGGAGUCGGCCGAAUGCCGAAGAUGAGAUAAAGCAGUUUAUGUUUGGGCAAAAUGGAGAUACGAACGAAAACAACGUUGGCCUUCCGAGUGAUGAUUGGCAAGCAAACCUGAAUGGCAGAAGGAGCUUUGUGCACGUGCCUGGAACAAAAAGGGAUGGUCUAUAUGUGGAUACUGAGGAGCCUGAGAUUGAAGAUAAUGGGCAUAAAAGAUACGAUAUACCUUAUAGAAAUAGCUUGAUUCAAAGCAUACGAAAUCUGCGUAACGAGAUACCUGUAGAUAAUGAUGAUCAUCAAGAAAUCAAUAACCUGAUCCAGCAAAUUGGGGAUAAAAAGGAGCUGAUAACAGACCCAUAUGAUACAUUAGCUUUGCCUGUAUCAGAGUUCCUCGGUUCACAAGAGAAUGACAGGAAAUUCUAUCGGAAAUUGCCUUAUAAUUUGAUUGAUGAAUACGAAACACGAGACGUGCCAGCCGAGUUUAAAUUGCAGAAAAAUCACUUAUGGGGUAACAUACAGAAGCGAUGGCGAAGGAGCAAGGUUAACAAGUUGCGGUUGCCAGUAGAGGACGAGCGAAAUGUAAUGGGAGUUGGUAGAUCACUUGGAGGUUCCUUGGGAGAAACAGGGCAUAUGUUUGAUGCCUACGGAGAAAUAGGCCAGAAUGUGGAUCAAUCAUUGCUAAGAUUAAACGGGGAGAGAGCAUCAGGUUGUGGGCAAACACCAGAUCUAACUAUGCCGCCCGUAGCAGCUCCUAACCACGGUUCAACACCAUCGUUGUUCCUUGAUAAUGCUGGGAUACAGCAAGAAGAUCCAAAGCAAACUGACAGCGGUAUAAUACAGAUAUCACCGGACGGUGCCCACGUGAGGGAUGCGAUUCACAGGUCACCCGAGACUCUCGCGCAUCGCCUAAUGAGGCAUAGGCGGUCGUUGUUGAUGUUGCAGAAGCGAAGUCUAGCAGAUGCGAUAGCAAAGAAAGUUAAAGAAAAAUCAACUCUACACGCAAGGAAAAUUGCAAGCACAGCUGCAGGGAGAUCGUUAACUGGCCAUUAUGCAGGAGGUUCAUCUACCUCACGAGGGACAGAAGAAGAUGAUGGUAUUCUUGAGGAUAGUGAACAUGACAACUUGGACGAUAAGCUUUCGCAUGAUUCGACACCAUUGCUAAUGAAAAUCGCACAGCAUGACAGAGAAGAUGCGAAUAAGUUCUGGAGCAACAAACAUUCACCAGGGAAUGGAUUUUACACCGGUCACGGAGAAGGCCCCAACCAUGCUUACCUUGGCGAUUACUUCGGUCAUGGUCCUGAUGAAAUGCUCCACGACGACGGGAUCAAGUCACUGGAGGAGUCUGCCUCGCCUGAAGAUCACCACACUGCGAAUUUGAUAGACUCGAUCUGGGAGCAUGAUCUUGGUGAGGAUCAUUUAGGUGGACAUCAUGUCGAGAGACACCAUGGUCUCAAGAUUAAGUCAUAUUUCGGAGGCCACCGCUCACCCGGAAUAAUGUUACCAACUGAGACAUUAGAUGGCAUCGAUACACAUUGGACGGGGCAUCUACCGCAUGUCCACUCAUCUGAAUAUUCACAUAACGACGGCCAUCCGAUAGAUUUCUCGCCAACACGGAUUAAGGCGAUCCAAGCAAUCCAAGAUGAUCCUGCCAUAGAUGCUGAAUUGAAUCCUCAUGACGGGAUUGGAAUAGUGAUGGGGCAUGGUCAUCAUGCUUCGCAUGGAUACCACCACGAAGAGGGGCACGCAUUUGGAGGAAUGAACUUGGCUCCUGUUGUUGGUGACCCAGUGCACGUAGAAGACUCGCACGAGGAGGAGUACAAGCAACACAUUGACAAUCUGCUGUCACAAUACCAUGGCUUGGAGGAGCGCCUUAGAGGGACAGGCGGGACACUAGCCGGACAUAUGGACCCAAGCGCAUUCGCUCAUCACGGAAGCCACCAUCUUCAUACUGGAUACGACUUAUACGCAUACAAGAAUCCAUGGGAGAAUAUGAAGAUCCCGUAUCAUGUGCCAGUGGUCAAUCACCCAGUAAUGGAAUCAGAAGAUCCUCCUCCGUCACCACUGACGUUUGAAGGAAAAACUGACGAGAAAGGCGCCCCGAUGAUUGAGGGUGGCAAAGAGGAGGGUGGCAAAGGUGGUCCCUUGGUUGAGGGGUCCAAGGCCGUUCCAGAAAAAAACACCGAGAAAGAGUCGCCAAAGGGGGCAAAGAGCUCAGGGAAAAAAGCUCCCGCACCAGUUAUACCAAAGCAAAGGGGAGGUCCAGAUGUUAGCACGGGAAAAAAUGAGACCUCAACAUCUGAUAAAGAAAAAGAGGCAAAAAAUACAGAGGAAGGAAGCAAGGUGGAUGAGAAUCUGAAAGAGGAAAACAGUUCAAAAGAAGAGGUCAAGGAAAGCAGUUCUUUGACUGAUAAUAAAGCAGAUGACAAGAAUAAAGGAAACGACGACGAGCAAGUAGAAGCCCAAGCGAAUGAAAAACCAAAAGAGGAUGGCAACGAAGCUGAGUCGAAGGAAGAAAAGGUCAAAGAAAAAACAGAGAAAGAGAAGGGGGGUCGUGACAAGGGGGAUCAUGACAAGGGGGAUGAGGGUUUUAAGAAGCUUAUCGAGAAAAUGAUGAGCAGCACAGGCAAACAAAGUGAGUUGCUGAACAAUUUGAAAAAAGCACUUGGAGAGGAAGCCAUGAAUCCAAAAAGUGUCACAGCAUUGCAGCUGGCAAAAUUAAAGCAGCUUGGCUCAAUGCAAGAAGCACUUCUGUCGUCAUUGGUAAAGCAAGGUGCAAAGAAGAUCAAACAAAACAGUCAACAUGACUCUGAUGCAAACGGAGUUAGUGAUCUAAAGCAAUUGAUAGAGCUUCAAAGUUUACAACAGCUUGGAGCUGGAAUCAAAGCCAACGUAUUAGCAAAUGCAGUAAGACAGAAUUCGCUGCUUCAGUCUUUGAAAUCUGCCCAGGAAAACAUCCUUAGUAAGAUAAAGACACAUUCAGAGUUAUUAGAAAACGGUGUUUUGGACAAGCAAGAAGAGAAAGGUAGUCAGGCGUCAGAAAUUCAGAAGUUUUUUGGUAAAAUUCCCAUCAAUUUCAUGGGCAGUGAUCUUGGUAAUGUCGGAAGCGAGAAAAUAACAGGCAGGAGUCACCAAGGCAUAGGAGUCGGCAAUGCUGUCGAUGAAAACAAUAUUGGCGGUUUGGUACACAGUUUGAGCUUGGUGCAUAAGAAGAAACCACAAACAGCAUUGCGGGCAUCUAACAUCAAGCCAAUGCUUAGCAAUCUUCUCAGUGAAUCACUGAUGAAAACUAUGAAAAACAAGCUGCGGCAUAUGAGCAGGAAUAAUGUGAAGGAGAACAAGGAAAGCACAAGCACAGACAGUGUCUAUAGUACGAUUGGCAGUGAAGGUCCGACCACGGUGUCAGAAGAGUCACCACACCGGAGGAGCAGUCAUACUAGAGGGAAGAAGAAGGAAAAGUCAGCAAAUAAGCCUAAGGAAGAAAAAGAAGAGAAAGAUUUGGAUGAAACGGCGACAGAGAAAGCUGAGAUUGCGUCCGUGCAAGGAAAGGACUUUGAUAUUGAUGUGGUCAGUAAAAAAGAUAAAAUAAAAACACAUUGAGCAGGUCGUUAUGCAAACGAAGGAGAUGAUUCAGAAACCUCCGUUUUCAAAUUGGUAUUAGUUAAAAAUAGUUUUACAUUUUCCAGAGGGUAAAACAAAGAGAUAAGACAAUGUUCUUUAUAAAUUGAAGUACAGCCUUGGAUAUGGCCUUAUUUCAAUAUAAAAACCAGACGAUUAAAACUGUUUUUAAGAACAGUUACGUUAGACGUCGCUCGUAAAAAGUUGACUUAUCAAAAAAGUUGUAUCCAGCUUUGAAUCCUUUAAAAGCAGACCAUGCAUUUGCUGACGCAAAAGGUCGAGAUAAAGCUAUUACCGAGGUUGAUUACGAAGGGAUGUUUUCUGAAAAAAGACCAACAAAUUAAACUGAAAUUACUGCGAGAAAAAGAACUCACUAACGUGCUCUUCCUGAUUUGCCUCUGUCCAUUCGACGUAUCACCAGCAACCACUCUGAUAGAUAAGAAAAACAGGCAUUAUUCGAACAGGGAGAGGAAAAAAAUCACGUUUUUACUCGAUAUCAAUAUGCUUCUUUGCUUGCCAACAUUUUUCAACUUUAAAAGGGGGUACAGUUUUCACGGUCAUUGACUAUUUAUAUCCGAUUCUUAACUAGUCAAUAAUAUUUAUGCAAAUUGAUAAGUAUUCACUAGAAUAACUAAUAUGUACAGUCUGAAUGUAAUUUUGUUAAAUAUCAAAUUCUUAUUAAACUUCUUUAUAACUUACUGCUAAAUAGUGUAACAAUUGUAGCCAAUAGAAUGUAUUGUAGAAAAUAAUAAAUGAGUAGCUAUUUAUUAAAAAUUCUGAAUUGUGCAUCCAUACCUGUCUAAAAAUUUGGUAGGAGGGCACCAAUUUCUGCUGUGAUACAGCCUUCAGCAGUUGAUAUCGUC